AUGCUGCGAUUAGCAAAACAUCGUGUUGUCGGGGCGCUUAAACAACUGCGGGGCUUUAGCAGUCAACCGGCCUCAACUGCAGCUGCCAGCCAGACAGGGGACCCUUUACCUGACCGUUGCGAUGUCCUCAUUGUUGGAGGUGGCGGCAUGGGUGCUUCAGCGGCCUACUGGCUGAAGUCCAAGGCCCGGGAGCGACUCAAUGUAGUGGUUGUGGAGCGUGACGCGUGCUAUACCCGCGCCUCUACAGUGCUGUCAGUGGGAGGAUUGCGUCAACAAUUUUCCCUGGCGGAGAACAUACAAAUGUCGCUAUUUGGUGCCGAAUUUAUAGCCAACUCGAAGCGGUAUUUGGGCGAUGUGGAGCUAAACUUUAUGCCACAUGGCUAUCUCUUUUUGGCCUCGGUAAAGGGAGCUGAAAUACUAACGAACAAUUCUCGGCUGCAGAAUGAGUUGGGCGCCCACAACGAGCUCUUGGGACCUGAGGCAUUGCGAAAGCGUUUUCCUUGGAUUGAUACUGACGGAGUAGAGCUGGGCUGCUGUGGCCUGGCAAAAGAGGGCUGGUUUGAUCCGUGGGCCUUGCUGAUGGGCUUCAAAAAGCAGGCGCGCUCCUUUGGUGCCCAGUUUACGAAUGGCGAAGUGGUUGGCUUCACAUUUAAUGGCACGGGUAAGCUCAAUGGCGCUAUUGUCGAUUGUGGCGAUGGAUCCCAACGAACCGUGCAUUUUGAUAAUUGUGUUCUGGCUGCUGGCGCACACUCUGGCAAGGUGGCGAGUCUGGCUGGCAUCGGCACUGGGAAGGAUAUUAUGAGUGUGCCAGUGCCAGUGGAACCACGCAAGCGUUAUGUCUAUGUAUUUAAUACGCAGGGUGGAAAUGCACCUGGAUUGGCCACGCCCCUAACGGUUGACCCGAACGGCACGUAUUUCAGACGCGACGGACUCGGUGGUAAUUUCCUUUGUGGCCGCAGUCCUUCGGAUGAGGAGGAGCCGAAGUGCGAUACUUUGGAUGUAGACCAUGAAUUUUUUGAGACGGUUAUUUGGCCAACGCUGGCGAAGCGCGUGCCGGCCUUUGAGUCAGCUAAGGUGCAGAGCAGUUGGGCUGGUUACUACGACUUCAAUAAAUUCGAUGAGAACGGCAUUAUUGGACAACAUCCGUACCACACAAAUCUCUAUAUAGCCACAGGAUUCAGCGGACACGGUAUACAGCAAACGCCGGCGGUAGGACGUGCCAUAUCUGAACUUAUUUUAGAGGGAAAGUUUAGCACAAUCGAUUUAACGCAAUUAGGAUUUGAGCGUUUGGUAGCACAGCGCCCAGUAUUUGAAGUGAAUAUUGUGUGAGAUAUCAGGUUCUGAGUUAAUUCUCCGUAAUUCUAAUAUUAUAUGUUUAUAAAGAUUUUA